AUGGGCAGCCAAUCUCAAUCACUCCCAGCUUGGGAAACAACGUUUCUUUCUCUGGCUGGUGAUGGCCCUGAAGGUCCAUUCAAGGACAUGGUCGUCAAGACUCCAAUCGUCACUGCAAGUCACUGCUGUGGAUCAUCCAUGCAUUCAUUGUCAAAUUUAAUUAAAAAGUAUUUGGAAUCAAGGAGCACAAAGAUCAUACCUGUCCUCAACAGGUUAAAUGCCAUCUCUUUUGGAAAGGACGAAAUGGCAUUUGAUCGACGAGCUGCUGUGCUCAAAGAAUGCUUUCGGCUCUUACAGCAUGCGACUCAACCUCCAAGCUCAGAUCUACGAGUAUAUCCUGAAGUGGUCGCAUUCAUCGAGAAAGAGUUAGACCAGUGUCCCGGUGACUUACUUGCCAGCACCGUGGAACAUAUCGAGAAACGCAUAGAGAUGAACACUGCUAUUGGUGCUACUGUCGCCACCAUGUCAUCCACCAGACCAACAUCCCCAUACGUGUACGCAGGUCUCAUAUCUCUCCUUCCCAAAAUGCUACAACUACUUGGUCGAUUCGUCACAGUCAUUGACUCGAAGAAGAAGGAUUACCCUGGUCUAGUUUAUAAAGAGACCACCAUCAAUCGAAUGUUAGCUCCAUCAUGGAAUGCUGCAAUCGCGGUACCUCUGUGUCAUGCUUUUGUCGAUGUUGAAGGAUUGACUGAACCGCAGAUUGCGAGGGUUGUUGUACAAAUGAGCAAAACUUUGAAUGUUGCUCCUGCUGAGCAGUUACCUGAGGUUGUUAGACUCAUGUUGCAGUUUGCUAAGAAGGGUCAACGGCAAGAAGUAGCAUAUGCUAUUGCAGCCUUCUUUACAAAUUGUGGGAAUGAAAUUCGUGAAAAUGCACAAGGACAUCUGUUGAUUCCUACAGAAAAGCUACCAGAAUAUUCCAAAGUUGUUGGUUUGGUGCUAAAGCAGUUGAACUUUUCAUUACGACAGGAUCAACAAAUGGCAACCACAUUUUACAACAUGAUGAGCAAGGCCAAGGCCAACACUGUCUUGAGUUACUUCAAUAUCGCCUUACUCUUGACUGUAUCACCCAUAUAUCGAAUCGAGGAGCAGGUCUGUGAUAUGCUCAAAGGCAAGGUCAUGACUAUACUUCGAGAUGAGAUGCGUGUGGAAUCGUCACCGUGGCGUGUGAAUGCCACUAAUUCCCAUCGUUCGCUUCGACUUCAAGAUUACGUGAACUACACGUCUAUAGAUAUACAAGGUGCGAUGCUUGCAUUAUCUCGCGAGUAUCAGCAAGGAUGGCAAGCAGUCACCAAAGGAUUGAUUCAACUUGCUUUGGCGUUUGUGGAUUCUUCAGGAAUUGUUGUUGGUCGACAAAUUGUCGACUCCAGUACAUCAAAGAAAUGGAAGGGCGAAGAAGAGCUGACUGUUACUGAACGUGCUGCUGAACAAGGAUGUCAGAUCUUGCUUGAAAUCUACAAGAAUCACACUGAUUUCCGAUCAAUGAUUAUGGAGAAUCUCGAGACUAGAAUCAUUACAAGUGGUGCGACAACCCGUAUUGGACUUGCUCUUCUUGAAAAGAUUGUCAAGUUUGUUGAAACUUCUCAACCUACGACUGUCGGUCGUAUACCAAGAAUCAGAGAGAUUGCAGACUGUUUUCAAGUCAUGAGUGCCGCAUUCGCAUCGCAAGCUUUCUAUGCUUACAGACCCCUUGUUGAAAAUGAUGGUCCGUUUCAACAACAGAUGAUGUUGCUAUUGCGUAAGGGCAUGUUCUCUGUAGAGAUGAAUCAACGUAAAUUCGCACUGCGUGGAUUAGUCUUCUUGUUGGAGGUUUGCUUGUCACGAUCUGGUGAAGCCGAUUGGGAUACUGGAUCAUCGAGUGGCAAACCUGGUCGAGCGCUCAUGUUGGAGAUAACUUUGAUGAUUCGACGAUACCUCAUAUACCCAAUCGAACUCAAACGAGAACUCUUUAGCAGACUCUCUUCCCUACUCGUCAAGUACAAGAAUCAAGAAUUUGCUGCGGCUGUUUAUGUGCAUAUUCAUCCUCAGUUGAAAAGUCUUCAAGCUGAAGACGCAACACAUCGUGUGCCAAUCAUCAUUCAAAAGUGUUUGGAUGCUUCUGAUGAAGACUGUUUCAUCAAAGAGCCAUUACCGCAACUUGCAUCUUGUUUGUGUAAUGCUGCUAUCGUUGCUGACUUACAGACUCAAGGUCGAGCUGGUGUAGCAUCUGCUGCUGCUAUUCCUGGACGUGGCCGUACCGAGAUGAAGGUCAUUCUAAAUAGAUUGACUGAACUUGAUGCUUUUGAUUUCGGGUUGGAUAAGGAGGCGUCAUUUGACCAGGAAGUGCAAGAGGGUCAAAAGAAUCUGCAGCUGGGGGAAUUGUUGCUUGGUCUUUAUGAAGCAUUCAUGGAAUACUGCUACCGAUCAGGACGGGUGGAUGACAAUAUCCACAAGCUGCAGACACGAUACGUUGAAAUGUGGAAAUUUCUCAAGGAAAAUUUAGCGAAGAAAGACACGAAGUUGAGAGCCUGCCUUGAUACUUCAUUGUCAUUUGACACCAUCGUGUACAUGAUUGUACGAUUAUACAAUAACAAUGAAGCUGGUGGUGUUGGGGGUCCAAAUGAUGCUCAAAAGAACUUGCGAGGUCGAAAAGAUUAUUUGAGAUACUUGUUUAGCAGUGCUCUGUAUCAUCUUCAUCAGCUCACUGAUCGUGGCAUUCAACCUCGAUAUCGUGAAGACACUUUCAUUGUGCUCAAAGAUCUUGGCAAGACUUUAUUCAAGAUAUGUAGUCAAGAUGAAUUGAAUAAUGUUGAGGAUGCCAAAAAGAAGGCCAAGACCGUAGCCGCAUAUGGAAUGGACGUGCUUAAGGCACUCGUCUUUGUCGUUCGAGACCAGUACAAGUCUCGAUUCAAUGAGUUUGGCGAAUAUGCUCUUCGUUAUCGUAGUCGAAAUGGAAAUGCGGAUGCCUCGCAGACGUCGGAUCAAGCUUUGCAGAAACUGGUUGAAUCAUUUAUCCAAAAGAGCGAAUAUCGAGAAGCCACAUCAGCACUAGUUGUUCUCGAAGAGGUUCCAGAUCUCAAAGUUGAUGAAGCAUGGUUGGAAAGACUUGCCCAGAGUGGUGAAGUGACAGAUGCAUUGUAUGUCAAGGCCAUUAUGCAAAUGGUGUUGAGAAACGUGGCGUCUGGUGAUGAAUCUUUGCUUGGAAAAUUGUAUUUUGAUAUUGCCUUGGCUGCAGAUCCGCUUGGCGAAGAAGAAGAAUUAGAUGUUGACAAUCAGUUUGCUCUUUUUGCAAGACACAAGAGCACGACAUCAGCUAGUCUUGUGAUUAGUGCUAUAUCAGGAUGGUUGGAAGAUGCUAUGUGGUGUAUUAGGCAAUUGCAAGCAUUUUCUGCCGAUGGAGAUCUGCAACCGACUCAAACUCGAAAUGAAGAGCAAGAUCCUAUAUGCAAACUUUUGAGUUUGUGGUCUAAAAUCAUAUUCGUAUUCAACAACCGUAUAUGGCCAGAACUUGUCGUUGAUUCCCUCACGAGAUGUGUGACGAAACUCUUCAAGGCUGCCUAUUACCUCACGAACUGGAAACUUAAACAUCACACCGAGGUUAACGAUGCAUAUCUUGAUGUCGUCAAAGCUAUGGCAAAUUUGAGCAAGUCUAUUGCUGAAAAUGCCCUGCUUCGAGAAACUGCAGAGCGAGAAAAGCAAGCCGAUGGAGAUCAUGGGGCAAAGAAGGGAAAGAACAAGAGGCCUGCUUCUGCUAAAGCACCCAAGAACAUAAUACCGCUACUUGUUGAAAUGGAAGAGAGAUACAACAUUGCUUUGAUCAACUUGGGCAAGAAGGAUCCCAAAGUUCAGCAAUAUGUCAAGCGCUCUACCGCUCGAGACUUUAAGAUCGACAACGCAUUGCUCAAUAUGGAUUCCGAAGAAGGGGAAGGUGAAGAAGAGGAUCAACAACCCAACAAGAAACGCCGUACUGCACUCCGAGACCCCGGUGAAGAUGAUGAGUAA